CUAACACUCUCUCUCAAAUUGUCUUCUUUCUUCUUUUUCUCUCUUCUUGUUGUAGCAGAAGAAGUGAGGUAGUGGAAGUAAGAGUUUGCAUACCAUCUGCGAAUUUGAAGGUGUGCAGGAUUUAGUAGCUAAUGGCGGCCUUUAAAGCGUUCUUGAAUAGCCCUGUGGGUCCUAAAACAACUCAUUUUUGGGGUCCUAUUGCCAACUGGGGAUUCGUUGCAGCUGGGUUAGUUGAUAUGCAAAAACCCCCAGAACUGAUAUCUGGCAACAUGACUGGAGCAAUGUGUGUCUAUUCGGGUUUGUUCAUGAGGUUCGCAUGGAUGGUACAGCCACGAAACUAUCUACUCCUAGCAUGUCAUGCCUCAAAUGAGACUGUCCAGCUCUAUCAAUUCUCGCGAUGGGCUAAAGCUCAAGGGUACUUGGAGAACAAAAAAGAUGAAGUUAAAAAACCAGAGGAAGCUAAAAAACCAGAGUGACUUGAACUAAAUCAGCCGGUUCUUGCUUGAAUUUGAUCAAAUGUUCUCAUUUUCUUCUACCUAGGGAUUUUGCAUUUAAUCUUCUCUUGGGUGCAACUAGUAAUGUUGAAGUUGACCUUGUAUUCUUGUUAAUUAAUUUGCUUAGCAAAAGAAUCGCAGCUGAGCAAACUUUUCUCCCAAUCUUUUAAUCUUCUAGAUCUUCUUGACGUUUACCAGCUCCAUCCUAAUAAAUUGUCAAUACUAUCAACCAAGCUGUGAAGUCUUUCUUUUUUUCUGCCUGCAAAAAAUCUAUUUGUAUUGAAACAAGGCACAAAAGAAAUGUGCUAAAAGAGCAUAUGAUAAGCUUUAUUUAUAUUUGUAUUUGUUUA